AUACUGAAUUCGAAACUAAUGAGAAGUGAUGAGCUUCUUAAGAAUUCAGGAGUGUCGAUAAAUAUCCAACGUGAAUUUGCACUUUCAAUGAAAUUCGCUGUUGGAUGGUUCAUUUAUUCAUUUUAUAUCAAUGCAGUUGCCGUUAUUUGGUAUGAUAAAUCUUUUGGACUAUUAAAUGCCUUCAUAUUAGUCUUAACUUUUCAUCAUGGAUUUCACGUUAAUUAUAUCGUCGAUUUAACAUUUUUUUUGCUAAUAAUUCAUAUGAAAGCACGAUUUGAAGGCAUAAAUAAACUUCUAUCAGAUUUAUUUAACCUUCAAGUCAACAAUUUGUUCCAAAAUAUGGAAGCGUUUCACAAAUGGACGAUUUCGAGGCAAACAAAUUUUGAAAAUGAUUUUACCAUAACUUUUUGCAGCAUCAAGCGUAUCCAUUUAGAAUUAAAGAUUUUGUGUAACGAAAUUAUGAAAAUAUACGGAUUCUCAAUAUCUCUGAUGAUACUUACAAUGUUUUUUCUCGUAAUCGUGCAGCUUUUUAAUAUGUAUACAGUAAUCGUAAACACAGAAACUAAACUGAGUGACAAAUCAUUGCACCUUUUAAGUAUGUCAAGUUGGGUUUUAAUCGCACUUUUAAAAUUUUUUUGUAUAAACUAUGCUUGUGCUGAAGCAAUCAAUGAGUGGAACAAAACGGGGGAAAUAAUUCACAAGUUGGAAAUAGAAUAUGAAGAUUCGAAAUUCCAGAGAGAAAUUCAAAAGUUUUCGAUUCAAAUCCUCCAAAAUCCAUUGAAAUUUACACCAUGUGGGUUUUUGGAUCUCGAUUAUUAUUUUAUAAGAGAUUUUGCUGGAUCGGUGAUGGCGCAGCUUGUUUUAUUAAUUCAAACGACUUCACGCGAUAACUCUUCAUCACAAAGAAAGAAUUAA